CGCAGCUUCGACAAAUUCGGGGCAGGGCUCCACUAAAAUAACUCCUGAAGUGCUGCAGGAGAUGCUCCAGUACUACAACCUGAGCCGUCGGGACUUUAUCAACGCCUACAACAUCCAGCCGCUCGUCUACAUCCCCGAGUUACCGUACAGCGCCAAAACCACCUUCGUGAUCAUGUAUGUGGUUAUUUUCGUCUUGGCUCUCGCUGGAAAUAGUUUGGUCAUCUACAUAAUUGUGAAGAAACGGACGAUACAGACGGCGACAGAUAUUUUUAUUUGCUCUCUGGCGGUCAGCGACCUGCUCAUCACUUUCUUCUGCAUACCGUUUACUUUGCUGCAGAACAUCUCCUCUGAAUGGUUCGGCGGGGUUCUGGUUUGCAAGACUGUUCCAUUCAUACAGACUACAGCCAUAGUGACAGGCAUCCUAACAAUGACCUGCAUUGCUAUUGAGAGAUACCAGGGUAUUGUAUUCCCACUGAAAAUGAGGAGGCAGUAUUCGUCCAGAAGAGCAUACAAGAUGCUAGGACUUGUAUGGAUUGCCUCAGUGAUAGUGGGCUCACCAAUGUUGUUUGUGCAACAGUUAAAGGUGAAGUACGACUUCUUGUACGAUCACUACCAUGUGUGUUGUCAGGAGAGCUGGAGCUCGGUGACUCACAGGCAGGCGUACACCACCUUCAUCAUGGUGGCCCUUUUCCUGCUCCCUUUGGCAGCCAUGCUAUUCCUCUACACAUGCAUUGGCAUAGAGUUGUGGAUCCGCAAGAGGGUGGGUGAUGCCUCAGUCCUCAGCACCAUGAACCACAGGGAGAUCAGUAAGAUAUCAAGGAAAAAGAAAAGGGCUGUGAAAAUGAUGAUCACCAUUGUUCUGCUAUUCACAAUUUGCUGGGCACCCUUCCACACAGUCCACAUGCUGUUUGAAUACUAUGACCUGGAGAACAAAUACGACGGCGUCACACUCAACAUGAUCAUCGCCACUGUUCAGGCCAUCGGGUUCUUCAACAGCUUCAACAAUCCCAUCGUCUACGCCUUCAUGAACGAGAACUUCAAGAAGAGUUGCUUUUCCACCCUCUCCCACUGCGUUCGAAAGCCUACCCAGCAGAGUGGCGCUGUGGCGGCGCCUAGACUGAGUGUGCAGUUCAUCAAACCCCAAAGUAGAGAAGCCUUCCUGGAGCCAGACGAAGGCAAUAGCCUGGAGCCGCACUCAGCAGAGAAGGGCCCUUCGACGUCAUCACACGGAGAGAGCUCCCUGGAAAUAAUGGGAGAGAAAAUCUCCACCAUUCAAACGGAGCUCCCUGCAAACAGCUCCUCUCAAGUAAAAUGAGAAGGAACUGUCCCGGAUCUGAGGUGUUUUAACUGCUUACCUUGGAUUGCCACACUUGCUGUCAAUUAUUUUCACUUGGGGCCAGCAGCUGCAAGGCCAUCAAAUGUGAUUUCAGGUUUCACUGAUGUGGCUGAAAGAUGCAAAAGUCCAACAGCUUGAUAAUUUAUCUCUGCAGAGCAAGGAGUUAGGGAAUGUAUUCCCAUGCUGGUCAGGAGCGCAGAAGAAAGAUUGUUAAUGAAAAUCACAAAGAGACACUUUAACUAUAAACUGAGUAUAGGGUGAUCAGACCCUACUGAGAAAUCAUUUCCGCUUGUCUCUAAAAUCUGGAGGACAUUCAGCAGUUCUUCGUGAAAGCAUAAUGAUGCAUGAGUGUUCAAUGUCACCCCAAAUGAUCUGAAAUUGUAUUACGGCACAGCAGGAACUGUUUAGAAAUGAAAAUGUAGAGGACGUUGCAGAGCUAUGCUUUUAGAAGAGAUGCCUAAUCUUUCACCGACAGCUAAAUUUGCAUUAAGUUGGCAUUUGCAUUCAAGUCAGCAAAAACACCUCGUUUCAGGUUAAUUCAGUCGAAAACCUUUAAGAUCAGAGAUUAACCUCUUUCCAUGAGUCACCAUCCUUUAGAUACAAAUUUUUAUUAUAUCACAGAAUGUGUGUAAGCCUAUUUUGGACUAUUUAAUCAUAAGCUGAGCAGGUGAAAUCAUAAGAAAGUAAAUAUAGCCACUGUACAGUUUAAUAAGAUUAAAGCUCACAAUACAUGAAGGGAUGUAUACUAAUUUUCAAACCUCUUCGCACUGUCGGCUGUCUUAAUACACUGCUUUGCAAGGUUGCUGCUGCAUACAAAAAUAAUCUUCGUCUGAGCUCACAACAACGGGUGCGUCAAUCAGAACACACAAACAUGGCAAACCCAACACAUGCACAACACAUUAUGUCAGCAUUUGAAGUUGUACAUCCUUAUGUCUUAAUAACUGGAAGAAAUCUGCACAACGUGUUAAACACAGAUCUGCCCCUCUUUGUAGAAAGCAGCAUCCUACAGGAACAAAGUCACAGAAACACAGCAGGAAAGGGUUCAAUGGGCUUUGCUUUGAUGCUUUUACAGAAUGAAUCACAGUUUACACAACUGUUCUAACUGUGGAA